GACGAUGCUAUAAAAUGUUUCGAUGUGUCUUUUGCUGUGUAAUACGAAAUACGAAAUGUUUUCAAUUCGCAGUCGUCGAUUCAGUUGAUUCAGUUUUUUGGAGGCAAAAGGGUGGUCUAUCAAAGGAUAAGAAGAGGAGCUAAAUUGUAAUCAUGACCGAUGAUCUGAAUUCUUCCGCAACUGUAACUCUCAUCAGAAGCAAUUUGCGCGAACACCGAAAGAUCGAACGAUUACAUGGUCGAAACGAGUCUUCAGAUGCCUACCGUGUCGGAGUGGUGGCCAUCAAAGACAUAAUAUCAGAUCUAGAUAGCAUCACCGAAAAAGAUGUAACUGGUCUGGCGUCACGCAUCAAACGGAAGAAGGGCGCAACGGAGGAAGAUCUGAACCGGUUGAGUCAUGCCUUUUUGCUGAACAUUGAAAAUAUCGUUACAUUUUCGAAGAUCACCGGGGCGUUGAAUGUAAUCGUUAAGGAGUUGACAGGAAAUGACAGCACGAAACGGAUUCUUGCCUGUGAAUGUUUAUGUAACUUCUCCUUGGGCAACGACAUUUGCUGUGAGAAAUUAACAUCGGCUGCCAGCAGUUACUUGAUUAUGUUUUUAGAGAGUACACAUCAGAGAUUAGCGGUUACUGCCGCAUGGACAAUAUCGAAUAUACUCGUCACCGAGCAGACCAAAACUGUCGACACUCUUCUGUCGCAGGGAUUGAUGCAUAAGCUAAUCGGUUUGAUAAAAUUGAAGUCGUCCAACGACGAAUUGGUCGCCGAAGGUCUUAAGUGUAUCUUCAUCCUACUAAGCAUGCAUCCGAAAUGUUUGAGAUCGGAAGAUCGAGAGACUUUACCAUCAACUGUUGUGGAUUUGUUUAAUGUCAGUCACAAGUACGGCAUUCAGGCCUCUUACCAUGCCCUUUACACAUGCGAUUUUGAGAUAAGCGAGGCAGAUUGCACAAACAUUCUGGGAAAGUGUACAACGUUCUUGUGCAAUUUUGUCAACAGUUGGUCCACAAUGUCAUCGGCCGACAAUAAACUUUGCGUUGCCUUGGUACUCAGAAUCAUUGGAAAUUUUACUGCGUUGCGGGUAGACGUGAUAAAUGUAAUCAUUGGUCAAUUUGCAGUAAAGGGAGAAACGUUGCCCAAGAUUCUCAGUGACAUUCUAAAAAUCGAUUCCGUUUACAGGAAUGACAUUUUUUGGAUCGGCGGAAAUGUUUUUAAGGCCGAUGCGAGCUGCAGGGAUGAUAUUGUUAGCAUGCUGAAUAUUUGAAAAUAAAUUCUUUUUUGAAUUUGA